UGUGUGAGAAUGAUUCCAUAGCGUCCAAGAAUCUACCGAUUACCGAACACCUCAAAAACUCCCAUAUCUAUCUAUCUAUCUGUCUCGAACUCUGCAUCCAUUUUGCAGAUAAACAAAGCAAUCAAAACAAAGAAAGAAGAAGAAAAUGGCUAAUGACAAGGAAAGUGCUUGUUCUUCACUUUCAUUCAACGAUUUCCCAGAGGACGUUCAGCUUUGCAUCCUCUCGUUCCUGGGCCCCACCGAGAUCGCCACGUUCGCUUGCACCUCGAAGCGGUUCGGCUCCCUCUGCGGCAACGACCCCAAGCUGUGGUUCACUAUGUGCGAGCGCAGGUGGGGUUCCAAGACCCACAUCACCAAAUGGGGCAAGGGAAAAAUCGCAUACAGGCUUCUCUACAAUACCCUCCAUGAAUGGGACAAUCUCAUUGGCUUCUGGCGCCGAAGCGGCCUUGGAAGCACCGUUAUUUCCUCGCCCUCCUUGCUCUUCUUCGAGUGGGGCCCAUCUUUUCUCUCCGGUUCUAGGGUUUCUCCCUCCAAUUCCGGAACCUACGAUGUCAUCAAGUCCCCCUUUUUACGGAUGAGUCUCUCCGAUGAAGGACAGGUCGUGAAUUUCGUGGAUCCUGAUGACCGAGCUGAAUCCGACCACCUCGGAUUCUCCGAGAACGAGGAUGAAUUGAUUCCGGUGAGUGUCAGUUUCAUGGGGAAGACCCACUUUGUCGUGGAGGAGAAUCGGGGCUUUGCGUGUCAUGAUCGGAGGAGACAUGAUGGGUUUGGGAGAAGAUCGAGCUCGGCGAAUCUUAGCGGAGAGGAUUCCGGCACCGAGAGCGGAUCGCCGGGGAGCUUGCCGGACCGGUUGAUGAUGUCGGAGAUUUAUCAGCAUUUGGCGAACAGGAUUAGUCCUGGCAGUGAUAGAUCGAGGAAGCAGAGGAGGAGGGAGAGGGAAAGGUUGGGUAGGAGGAAAUGGGAACCUGAGCAUUUUGUGAAGAUUGUGAAUUGCUCUCCCACCCCAUCAAGGCCUUUACAAGGCCUGUGGAAGGGAAUUUGUGAUGACAUGAGUUUGGCCUUUUACCUUGUGUCAUAUGAUGACAUUGGGGGCAUUGCUUGUCGACGAGUUGGGGAUCCCCCGGAACGUUUUUCCAGUUAUGCCCCAGUUUUCUGGACGGCUAAGGCUACAUAUAUGGAAUCUCCCUUUUCUCCGGAGGAAGAAGCUUUGUAUGACAGUCGCAUUCAUCUUCAACCACAAAAUGAAAUUCAUGAGCAGUUCCCUUUGUCAGAUGACGAAGUGGUAAAUGGAAUCCAGCAGUUCCAUUUGUCGGACAAUGAAGUGGUAAACCGAAUUCUUCACAUAAGCUCAAGUUACGAUUUAGUUCUUCCGGACCUUGCUGGAACAAUAAAUCCCAGGAAUGCAGAGGGAAGGAUUUGGCAGUACCAGAAUGGUACUUUUGGAUUUGGAUUCCUUCGGGACAAUUUUGUCAUAGACAUGAAACAUAUUGUCCAUGAUGGUUCUAUUGUGGAUACUGUAAAUUCUUCUGCUGAUUAAUUUCCUUCUUCUGCAUUUUUUUAUUCAUAGACAAAUUAUGUAGCCUCACCCUAUUCUCUGGGGAGUGGUUUCAGACAAAUUAUGUAGCCGGAUGUCACCUAUAUGUCGUGGCAUGGUGUAUUAUUAGCUGUGAAAAUAAUAACAAUUUCCUUAGAUG